AUGGUUAUUCUAGAGAAACGGGAAUCGUCGAUCUUGUAUCAGCUGUUCUUUUGUUCACCCCAAACUCACGAAAACGAUAGUGAAGACCAAAGCCGACCGGAAGCUGUUGAAACUUUCAAGCCAGACCUUCAAGACAGCCAAAUAAUGGCACCUCAAAAGAAGUCAAGAAUAAACAGACCAUUUUUCGUUGCAUUCUUUUUAGUAAUUAUCAUUGUUGUUAUAUAUACAAUGAGCUCACGGCCGAACAAAGACUUGACAGAAAGAAUGCAUAAUGACUGGGUAAAAACAAUGACAAAGGAUGUUAGUGUCCAAAAUGACAGUGUUGGUUUACGGCAUUUUGAGAGACAUGAAGUGACGCGUUUAAGUCAGGAGACGGGAUCACAGGACAAACGGGUCAGCAUGAUACUACCUGCUGAAAUCCCUGAAGAUUUACACAAAGCACAAACACAAGGAGUGCCAAUUCAAUACGGGUCAGAUCAAAAUACUGGUGUAUCAAACACAAACAUAACAGUGCAAAGAUCAGAGAUAGCUCAAAAUAAACUUAUUGAUAUGAGAUUGGAUGACAAAGAGUCAGAUGGAAACAACAUUGAACUUCCUAACGAUGCUUACAAAGGAAAUAUUAAAGAAAAUGGUGAACAUUAUGAAGACGAUGAUGAUGAUAAUGAUAGUGAUGAUGAAUACGAUGAUGAUAAUGACGAUUAUGAUGACAAACAUAUCAUAGAAAAGGACACAGCUGAUAACACCGAACAAUAUACAAUGAAUGAGUCACAAUAUAACAGAGAAAAUGUUGUUCAAACAAACUUAGUUAAUAUGCACAUAGAACCUGAUCAACAACAAGCGAAUAAUUUUAAUCCUGAACAAAAUAACUAUGUGAAGCCGGAAUUAGAACAAGCUAACUAUGUAAAAUCAGAGCAAGGUCAAAUGAACUACGUUAAUCCAGGGCAAGCGAACUAUUUAAAUCCGGGAAUAGAAAAUGCUAACUAUGCAAAACCAGAACAAGCAGAACAAGUUCAAAUGAAUUAUGCAAUUCAAGAACAGGCUAAGUAUCCACAACAAGAGCCAGCCCAAGUGAAUAAUAUUAAUCCAGAACAGGUAAACUAUGGCAAUCCGAUUAAUGAACAAUCUAACUAUGCAAAACCGGAACAAAUACAAAUGAAUUAUGCAAAUCAAGAACAAGCUAACUAUCCACAACAAGAGCCAGCCCAAAUGAAUAAUAUUAAUCCAGAACAGGUAAACUAUGACAAUCCGAUUAAUGAACAAUCUAACUAUGCAAAACCGGAACAAAUACAAAUGAAUUAUGCAAAUCAAGAACAAGCUAACUAUCCACAACAAGAGCCAGCCCAAAUAAUUAAUAUUAAUCCAGAACAGGUAAACUAUGGCAAUCCAAUUAUAGAACAAGCUAACAAUGUAAAACCAGAACUAGUUCAAAUGAAUUAUGCAAAUCAAGAACAAGCUAACUAUGCACAACAAGAACCAGCUAUGCUCAAUAAUGUUAAUCCAUAUCAAAAUAAUUAUGUACAGCUGGAGCCAGUUGAAAGAAAAUUUAUAAAUACAGAACAAGAAAACUAUGCUAAGCAGCAGUUAGAACAACCUUCUUAUGUUAAACAAGAACAAAAUGGCAAUGCUCAACAAGAAAUUGGACAGGAUAAUAAUGUAAGAACAGAAAAUUCAAAUUACAAUAAACCUUUGGUUGGCAUUAUCGGGGAUAAUAACGUGCCUUCAUAUAAUGCUGGAUUCAAUAACGAUCAUCAUUAUCCUGGUUUGAGUAACAAUGCUGUUCAGGGUAAUGUUGUUUCUGAUACACAAGGUGAAAUUCAAAACGAAAACGGUCAAAUUGGCAACUUUUUGGACACAAAUAGGUUGUCACAAACGUAUGAUAAUGGAUAUGGUGAUAGUGAAAGAAAUAUUGGGAAACAAUUAUUUAACAUAGACAAAGAUGUUUAUCAUACCAUGAAACAGCCAAGUCCAUAUACACUUGCACCAUCCAUCGAAUCCCGUAUGAAACUUCACAAGAUUUUGAAAGACAUGCAUGAUAUUGUUGAUCACGGAAGUGCUAAAAGUGAUGAAGAAAAUAAGAAGCAGUGGAAAGAGGGUGAAAAUAAAGAACAUGUGUAUGAUUUGAACAAUAAGGUGGAUAUGUUCGGAAAUUUAAGGAUGCAGGUUAACCUUCAAGCGGAGCCAGUUACUGGAACCAAACCUAUGAGACCACCGUAUAAGUCUAGCAUACAAUACCCUGAGUAUUUAACGCCUAUAAAUUGGGAAACAAGUUUCGAACAUGUUAAAACACCCACAUUUGAAUGCGUUCCGAUGAGAACGAUAGACAAGUAUAUUAGAAUAUGUGUUCAUCCACCAAAAGUAAGAUCUCAGAUGUCCACUAAACUGAAAGCAGAGGCUACUUGGGAAUAUAGUGCUUUAAUGGACAUGCAAAAAGCGCUAUUGCAGAACAAAGACGCCUUCCUUAUAGAUAUUGGAGCUUCAUUCGGUGUUUUUAGUUUGGCCGCAGCUGCAUUAAACAGAAAUGUUAUUGCCGUUGAACCAUAUUCUUCCCAUAUUCAAGUGCUGAAGCAAUCAGUGGCAUUAAAUAGCUUCAGAAAUCACAUUACACUUUUCCAGGCGGUGAUUUCUGAUCGGCGUGGAAAGGUCUUGAUCAAGCCAUUAGAAGAUAAUGUGGACAAUGUUUACAUACAGACUGUUGAGGAAAAUGAGCAAGCAACAAAUUACACAUUAGUAGUAAAUACUGUCACUUUUGAUGACAUUGAAAAGAUAUGCCCAGGAAGAGUUGCUGUUCUGAAAAUUGACAUACCUGGUUUUGAAAAGAGAGCACUAGAGUAUUCAUAUUUUUUCUUCAAGUAUAUCUAUGUCACUCAUGUGUUCAUGCAUUGGAAUACAAAUGAUAAAGGUCUUUGUCUAUUUGUUACAAGAUUUUUUGUGGAAAAGGGUU